AUGGACUCGGUCGACCUUACACCGGAGAGUCGGCGAACUCACUUGUACGACAUUCGCAAACAAUUGGACAACCUCGACUCAACGCAACAAAUUGUGAAGGCCCAGAUUGAGACUUUGGAGGGUGGUAGCCUCGAAGUAUCCAUCGGCAAGCUCCGAUUUGUGUCGCUGAAGCUGACAGAGGCUCAGAGCGCACUGCGAGAAGUCUUUGACUCACUUGCCCGGCCACUGUUGCGCCCUCUCACGAUCUAUGAUCUGCCCGACGAGCUUCUCAUGGCGACUUUCCUUCAGCUCCGCAACCCCUCUGACAUUAAACAUCUGCGUUUGUCCUCGCGACGCCUCAACAAAUCCAGCUCUCAUCUUCUGUUGCAUACCAUCUAUGUCAGCCCGAACCCAAAAUCGCUCGAACGCCUCGAUGAAAUGUCCCGCCAUCCGGCCAUCUCAAAAGGCAUUCGCCGUCUCAUCGUCUCAGUCGACUCCUACAAUGCCGACAUUGCUCGCAGCGUGGGCUCUUUCACCAUAGCUUGCAUGCAGGAGCUGGACCGUUUGAGUGAGAUGAUGCCUCGAGACAAUCCUCGUCUCAGGGAAUUCGCGGAGAUUCGACGCUCUUGGGUCGCAUUCACGGAGUCACUCACGGAAGACUACGACGAUGGGACCCAUAUCAAUGUCCACCACGUAAACGCCUUAUACAACGGCUACCUACGAUAUCAUAAUCUAUUUCAAGAGCAGCAGGCUGUCUUCCGCGGAGACAGUUUUCCACAGGCCAUUGCUUCAGCGAUUGGCAGGAUGAACCGCCUCAACGACCUGGUGAUCAAGGACAGAUCACGUAGCUGUGACGACAGUGAGCUCAGCAGUGCAAGAUUUCGCCACAGACUGGAGAAUCUGGCCACGGAUCCCAUUCCCUUAGUCGAAGACAUGAUGUUACACACAGUCUGCUGGCAAAAAGCGAGGGUCAUGGGAGUGGAAAACCCACCCACCCAACUUCUCUAUGAAAUCCCCUUGGCAAUCCACCAAGCGGGUUCUUCACUGGCUCAUCUCAAAUUCGACCUGACACCCGCUCACAUCUUCGAGCUGAACCUCGAUAGCGACCGUAAGUCACAACUCGAGUCUUUCGCCCAGAGCUUGCAGUCGUUCAAAUUUAGCGUCAGAGCCGAACCGAAACACGUCUGGAGGCCCUCUAGGGGCCAUGAAGAAAACACGGAUCUUUCGAAAUUCUUGACCGCUUUCAUGAGAUCACCAAAGCUGGAUUCGAUGGCAUUGGACUUUGCUUUCCAGGAGAGAUACUGCCUUGAAGACAACCGAAUGCAUGAUCCAGACCGCACCAGCAUCGGGCCCCUCGUCAUCUCACUCCCCUCGCCUGAGCUCCAGAACAUUCACCUGAAGAACUGCUCCCUUCACCUGAGAGACCUCCAAGGCUUGUUCGAUCAUCUAAACAGUGAUCAGGUAGUCCUCGGCCUCUGGUAUGUCUACUUGCUAAGUGGAACCUGGGCUGAUGUGGUGGAACUGCUCCGCGACGAAGUGCGACGUGGAACACUCAGCCAAAAAUCGUACGUGAGAUACCCUUACGGAGCAGAAUGUCUGACUAUGUCAUUCUCCGAGAGGGAGAGACUUUUCCACUACAGGUGUGACAGACGUCCCUGCAAGGACAGUCUAGUCAACUGUUACAUCAAGGGACACGACGAUGGUUCCGACAGCAAUCCAUUACGAGGUUAA